UAUACAUCGCCCUUGCCACCGGAUCAGUUGCCUGGAGCGGAUCUAUUGAGCAAAGCAAUCCUAAAAACAUCAACGGCCAUAGACAUUAUCACCUCGGAUCUGUUGAAUGUCCCAAAAGGAACUUAUACUACCGCAACCACUGAAUGGGACAAUGGCUCCCGUAGCGAUAUUCUGUAUGUCCCUUGUCUGGGCAUUCAAAACUCAUUGCCACCAAUUCUGAUCGAGGUACAAGCCAUCGUGAAUGAAGCUUCUAUGGAACGAUUGUUCAAAUACAGUCAAAACGCCAAACAAGUGUACAAAUCCUAUCCGUUGGUGAUGGUAUUUUGCAUUGAUAAACUCUCUCCGUUGACGUUUAUCACCAAGUUCACACCUGUCGAUGGUAAACCAUAG